CACACUGCUAUCUGGCACUUCAUUUUAUUCUUUUACUUUGUUGUUCGUGGCACAAAACUCAUAGCUCGUGCAUUUGUGGUCCUGAUUUCUCUAGUUCCAACAACACAGGAUUUUUAAAAGAGAUUGAUCAAUUGAAGAGGCCAAGAGAUAGUGUGCUCGAACCAUGGCAGCCGUCGAAGAAGAAGACCCCAGCAUCAUGGGUGACGAGAGUGAGGGCGAUGACUUGAGCUGUGAUGAGGGCAAGCCCACAGCUCGUCAGCUGCAGGAAGCUGAGGAAAAGAACAAGCUGCUGCAACGACAUGAGGAGAAAGCCGUCUCUUAUGUUCGUGUUGCUGUCUACUGUGUUGUCGUUUUCACGGCAAUUGCCGUGACAUUGCUGGUUUACUUCUACACCAAAAAUGAACAGGAAAACGACUUUCGGACUGUGUUUGAAAUCUACGGCAACAAGUUGGCAGAGUCAUUCAUUGAUUCGGUAGAUCGCAAGAUUGUUGCCGUUGGAGGGCUCUCUGCCACUAUCACGAAUUACGCAUUGAGUAACGGCCUGACCUUUCCCAACGUGACCAUUGAUAACUGGAUCAUGCUGGCUGGCCAAACGAGGGUACAAGCAGAUACCAUCAACGUGGAGUAUGCUCCCUUGGUGACCGAUGAAAAUCGACUUGGCUGGGAAGAUUACGCCUUCAACCACAAGCAAUGGCAGCAAGAGCAGUGGGAGGAGGAAAUCAAGUUCAUGGAUAUGCAGAAUCAGUACUAUGGGUUGGAGGAAGCCGUGAUCAAGGACGCUCCAGGUUCAGACAGAUCCAAAAAUGAAGAGCCAUCGGAGGAUGGACAGCAGCCGCCACAGAGGUCCCUAGAAGAAGCCCCACCAGCUGGGGAGGAAGGACCACCCAAGCUGCCGGGCUACACAAGGCAGAUUUUUGGCCUGGGACCUCCACCAAAGAGCGGCCCUCCACCGUCGAUUCCCAAGCCACCAGAAAGUGGACCGUAUGCUCCGUUCUGGCAGAUGUCCCCCAUCAUUCCUUUGGAAUUCCUAUUGAAUGGUGAUAUCUUGUCCCGUGGCAGUUCUAGAGAUUCAAUGCUCUCUGUGCUCGAAACUCAACAUGCGGCGCUCGGUCCUGCAAGUGGUGUCCGCGAUCCGAGCAACAUCACACUCAAGGAAUUAGUCCCAAUUAGAAAGCAGAAUGAUUACGUCCAACGUGGACAAUACAGACACGAAUUGCAAUUCUUCUUGGGAGAUACCACAACUGAUCUGAUUUACCCUGUGUUCGAUUCGUUUGGGGCAAACAGGACUGUGGCUGGAUUCUUGAUGUCGCCCCUGAUGUGGCGGCUAAACUUUGAGAAGAUUGUUCCCGAAAAUCUUGGAGGCUUCAUUGCUGUAAUCAAGAGCAAACAAAGUGAUCCCUUCAGCUACCUCAUAGAAGGUCCAAAAGCAACCUACCUGGGGAUCCAAGACCCCCAUGCCUCCAAGUAUGAUGACAUGUUUGUCUUCCAAAACAUGGGAGAAACCUUGCAGGUCCAACACAGCCCCAGGGACCGAGCAUAUGACACUGUGGAAGUCGAUUUCGGGGAAUACGUCCUGUACAUUUAUCCCACGGAACAACUUGAGAGCCAGUACAUCACUAACAAGCCGGCCGUGUAUGCUUCCAUUAUGGCCUCUGUCUUUUUGUUCACAAUCUUUGUGCUGGUUGUGUUUGACUGUCUUGUCGCCCGGCGACAGCAGGUUGUGAUGAAGAAAGCUGUGGAAUCCCGCGCUCUUAUUUCCACCCUAUACCCAGAGCAAGUCAGAGAACGUCUGUUUGAAGACGAACCCCAAGGCAAUGCUGAAAGGAGAAAGUGGAAGAAUCCAGGUGAAGCAGGAAUUCAAGUAGGAAGCAAUAAGGCAAUUGCUACUCUCUACGAAUCCGCAACUAUUCUCCUCAUGGAUCUGGCGGGAUUUACCAAGUGGAGUUCCACUCGUACUCCUUCCGAUGUGUUUGAAUUGUUGGAAACACUUUAUCAGAGCUUUGACCGCAUUGCGUGGAAGCGUGGCGUGUAUAAGAUUGAGACAAUUGGUGAUUGCUGGGUGGGAGUCACAGGAGUCCCUAACCCUCAAGAGGACCAUGCACCACGGAUGGCAAAGUUUGCGGCAGCAUGCCAGGUGAGAAUGGGACAACUUGUUGCAUACAAACUCGCUGACCGACUUGGUGCAGAUACCGCCAACCUUAAACUGAGAGUAGGGAUGCAUUCGGGUCCAAUAACAGGUGGAAUAUUGCGUGGAGAUAAAGGCCGUUUCCAGCUUUUUGGAGAUUCAAUCAACACCGCAUCUCGAAUGGAAAGCAAUGGAGUUCCUGGAAAGAUUCAGGUAUCUCAAUCCACAGCAGAUGAGCUGAUUCGUCAUGGCCAUCAAGAUUGGUUGACGGAGCGGGAAGACAAGGUUGAGGCAAAAGGCAAGGGUUUGAUGACGACGUACUGGGUGGCUGUAAAAAGCAGCAAGAGCACGGGAACAAGAUCAUCAUUUAUGUCCUCGUUGGACCAAACUGGCGAGAGCUUUGCAGAGUUUGACGCACCAGCUGGCAUGGGCACCGAGUCCGAACGUUUCAAUGUUGGAUCAAUACCGAAGCAGGCUCAAACUACUUCCAGUCACCUUCCGCCUGGAAUUAUUGCUGAGCUUGAGGUAUAGAGACAACCGACACUGAUGCCAUGACCAGGCAGCAAAUGCCCACAUCAGGUAGCCAGCGAGAACACAGAACCGAUGAUGCGAGAAGGAGCGGUAUGCUGGUACCGUCUUGGGUUCCUUAAUCAACAUGCCUCAUGCGGUGGAGCCCUGCCACCUCCCGGCAUGCCUACCACUAGUUAGUAGAGCUAAUAGUAGAGCUUCUACCGUACCCCCUCUAGCCACACACUCGACAAUAGACAAGCCGGUGGCCCACUACUGUACAAAGAGAAUAGAUGGAAGGGGAAGAGGAAAGAAAAAGAGAAGCAACGCAAACAUAAAAUUACACUGCCAUGCUUCCAGUUCCGCUUCUUCUUUGCCUAAGGCUUCUGUAGAAACAUGUAACUUCCCUACUCUAAACCCAAAAUGAGCUGCGAAUGUGGUAGCUGUUUGUUUGGCCCUACGAAUAUAUAGCUAGCUAGAGCGAUGAGCUAGCUAGAGAAGCCAAG